AUGGCAAAAGGAGACGAAAAGGAACAUGCCUUCGAGGCGAAAAAGCGGAGCCUUGUCUUCGUUGCUAUCGCUUGCAUUCUGAUCCAUCAGACUGACGCACAGUGGUACUCCGGAGUGGGAUAUGCCGGAUACCCUGCCUAUACCGGAUACGCCUCGUACUACCCAAGCUAUGCUGGCUACUACGGUGGACUGUACAGCGGCCUUGGCUUGAGCUAUCCCUCAUAUGGAUACUACGGAUGGGGAAGCAACAAGGGAGGAGCUCCAGAAGCCCCUGUCGUUGCUGGCUCCCUCACCAACAACCUCCGACAGUAA